AUGGUAGCUACCGUUGAUUCGGAGGGGCCAGGCAAGCCGAUUCUCUCGGUAGCGCCUAUGCUUGCGGUCACAAAUACUCAUUUCAGGAAUUUUAUGCGGUGCUUUACAAGAGAGGCACAGCUCUGGACGGAGAUGGUCACCGACGGUGCGAUAUUGAACAACAUGGAUAGGCUUCAACAGAAUCUUUGUCUAGAGGACAUCGAGCAUCCCAUCGUUUGUCAACUAGGAGGUUCAGAUCCGAAGACUCUUGCAGAAGCUGGAAAGCUUAUUGAGAAGCUAGGCUUUGACGAAAUCAACUUAAAUGUCGGUUGCCCGAGCAAUCGGGUUGUUUCUCAAGGCUGCUUCGGCGCCGCUUUGAUGAAAACGCCGGAAACUGUGCGAGAUAUCGUUCACGAGAUACGACGCCACGUCCAAAUUCCUGUUACAGUAAAGACGCGUAUAGGCUACGACCACUGUGACUCCCGUGAUGUUCUUAGAAAUUUCGUCCAGACGGUUUCGGCUGGGGGUUGCCGGCACUUCAUCGUACAUGCUCGAAAGGCCUGGCUGAAAGGAGUCGACCCCAAAAAAAACCGUUCAGUUCCGCCGCUUCUCUACGGGAGGGUGUAUGAUCUUUGCGACCAGUUUCCGCAUCUGGAUUUCUCUUUGAACGGCGGUGUUAGGUCAAUACAGCAAGCUAUCGACCUAGCUGCUGGAAAAUGGACUGAUGGCACUGCAGAAAUGGAUGCUCUCCUGCGUCGAAUAACCCGAGACAAAACUGUGAAACCACUCCGAGGAGUGAUGCUCGGUCGUGCUGCCAGCGCCGAUCCGUGCAUCCUGGCAAACGUCGACACCGAUUUUUACGGGGCAGAUGCUAAUCCGCCAACCUCGCACAGUCGCAGGACGGUUCUCGAAGCGUACCGGAAUUAUAUAAAACCAUUCGCGGAGGACGGAGAAUACAGCCACUUCGCUUUGCUGAAGCCAGUUCUUGGCGUGUUUAAUGGAAUGCCUGGAAACAGACUUUUCAGGUUUACUUUAGAUCACUUGAUGAGGGAUCAGUCCCGUGUGUGGACUGCCGAGGAGAUUCUCGCACAUACCAUGGCAGCUGUUGACGAAACCUUUCCCGGUGUUCUUGAGUAUCCGCUACGGUGUCCGAAGCCUUGCCGCUACGAUGAACUCUCAAGCAAGCGGGAAGCGAAUGAAAGCUAGAAGCACCAGGUCACUUUUUCCAGUCUUAUCCUCCGCAGGAUUUUUGCUCGACUC